CGCUGAGCGGAAUUUCACAAUCCACCGGAACAAUACUGACCGCGAAUGCCUCUGCAAGAUUGUAACUCUACACAGUUUGUUAUUCGACGAGUAGCUGAGAGCUACGCCGUGUGUUGAAUACAUAUAUCAGUAUGGGGUAAUGGUGUUUUACUCUGCAGAGCUAUUUCAACCUAAUCGACCCUCGUCCCUUGGGACGAAUUGUAACUGACUUUGCCCAUCAUGUCACUGAUCAACCUUACAGAAGAGCCUGCCCAGCUCUCAGAACCACACCGAGAGUCCACCAACACAGAUCCGACCACACCACAGCCCUUGUCAACCUGGCAACAAGAAGUUCACUACCUCACCGACAAAGCCUCAAAAAUCACCCUCCGCCACCCUCCAACCUUCACCAGCAUCGCCGAAACCCGCACCCACCUCAAACAGCACCUCGCCGCCGCCUUCCGCGUCCUCGCCCGCCAGAACUUCGACGAAGGUGUCGCAGGCCACAUCUCCCUCCGCGACCCAGAGAACCCCCACACCUUCUGGAUAAACCCACUAAGCACCCAUUUCGCCCAGAUUCGCGACAGCGAUCUUGUCCUCGUCGGCGACGACGGCUCCGUCCUCCCCGGCGGCGCACAGCGUCCCAUCAACGCACCGGCCUUCGCAAUCCACGCCGCGAUCCACCGCGCCCGACCGGACCUCAACGCCGCAUGCCACGCGCACAGCGUCUACGGCAAAGCCUUCAGCGCGUUUGGCCGCCCGAUUGAGAUGCUCUACCAGGACGCGCUGCGCUUCUACAACGACCUCGCCGUGUACCCGCGGUACGGCGGGACGGUCCUCGACAGGGCGGAGGGGGACCGGAUCGCGGCGGCGCUGGGCCCGAAAUGUCGCAGUGUUAUACUGCAGAACCACGGGAUGAUCACAUGUGGGCGGACGGUUGACGAGGCGGCGUUUUUGUUCCUUGCGCUGGAUCGAUGCUGUCAUGCGCAGUUGCUGGCGAAUGCGGCGGCGGCGUGUCCCGGGUGGGAGAAGAGGGUUAUUGAGGAUGAGAUGGCGGAGGUCGGGCACCGGAGGAGUGGGAAUGCGAGCAAGAUGUGGUUGGCGUUUCAGCCGUAUUUUGAUCUGGUUGUUAAGGAGGAGCCGGAGUUGUUGGAGUAGGCGUCUGCAUGAUUAAUUGCCUGAUGAGUACGAGGAGCCGAUAGCUGUUGUCGGGGAAUAGAGUGGAACAUCGAUGGCCCUAUUCAUUGGUAUUCAGUUCAUCAGGAAGUCCUUCAUGUAAACCAAAUGUCCCCAGAGAUAUAUUCUCAUUCAUAAAUCCAAACAGCAAGUCCUGCCCCGGGUCAAAGAUAUCCUGAAAAAGCUGCAUCUGCUCGAUAUCAUCAUACACGCGGGACACAUUCGAAAACAGCGGCGCAUUCUCAGAGGGCUGAGUCCGUGCCAAGUCCUGGUCUUCCACAACACCCGAUGCCUCCUCGAGCCCAUUCGCCAAUAUAAGCCUCCG